AUGUACCGUCACUUGAUCAGAAUUGAGCAGCGCCAAAGUUUGGCGAUAUACUUCAACCGCUUGCCAAUUAUUCGCAAUCUAAGCACCGGUAAAGAGUCCGAUGACUCGAAACCAGAAAAUGCUAGUACUGAGAAAAAGACAAAAGAGAAGAAAGUUCGUUCUGCUAGCAAAUCUGUUGUUAUCAAGGUGAAAAGCGAGGCGACGCCUAAGGAUGCACAGAGCAAAAUGGACAGUUUGAUGAAGAGCGCUAAAAGUAUUGAUUCAAUUGGUCCGAAUGACAAGCAGACGCUCAGUCGGAAUAUUGGCAAACCGAAAACGUUUAUCCGUCAAAGUGCCCGCAGUCAGCCAGCUCCUGUUAAGGCCUUUCCCGAAGAGAUGGAACCAGUUGACAAGGUGGCUCAAGGUUUGGACAAACGCUUGGUGGAUGCUGCUCGGAGGGUUGCCGGCAAAAUGCCAAAGCACAUUGCUAAGGCCACCGAAAAGGAGCUGAUCGAUUCGAUCGACAGGACUAACAAGGAAACUCUGCGAGCAAAAAAGCAAUUUGAAACUAGUCGGCCUAAAGAGGAUUAUACAAAAAGCAUAAGCUACCAAAUCAUGAAGGAAAACAGACAGAAGGCGACUGUGAAUGAGGCCACAUUGGCUGAGCUCAACGAACGCAUUGCACCAACAGUAGAGAAGAUUAAAGUGACUCCGAGAGGAGUGAGGAGCCAGCGGAACUUUCCCACUGGCUUCCGCAAGGAUACUAGCCUAUUCUCCGGAGAGUGCCUCAACAUAUUCGAUCCCAAAGGAUUGUACCUCAACAGCGACAUUAGUCGAAACUUAUUCUGGGAAAAGCUUCUGCGUGACGAGAUUGAGCAGUCAGUUGACUUUCCUCCCGAGAAUCCGUUUGAAGAGAUGAUCAAGUGGACAGCGGAAGGUAGACUGUGGCACUACCCAAUAAACAAUGAACAAGGUUUGGACGCCGAAGCAGAAGUGCCAUUCUAUGAUCAUGUUUUGCUGGACAAUCUACUUGACGGCUUCCCUGAGAAGGGACCCAUCAGACAGUUCAUGGAGCUGGUUAUCAUGGGCCUGUCUCACAACCCGUACAUCACCGUAGAACGGAAGCACGAGUUAGUCAAGUUCUACAAGGACUUUUUUGAGGAGAGAAACAUGCUCAAUCUGGAAAUUACCGAAGAGGCAAACAACGAGUCAACUUUAUAA